AACAACAAAAUGACGAUCGUUCUUCGGCAACAGCUGACGAAAAUUACGUCAGUUGAUUGCUAUUACUCGUAGUGGUCGUUGGAGGACCUUUUUUGUUCCUUCAUAUUCUUAAUAUGAUGACAAAUUAACAAAAGUGUUAAAGCGAUUCUAUCAGGAAUAUUUCGAGAUUCUUAUUUGUUCUAUCGAUUUAUUAAAAUGUCUGACAUCGAGGAAUAUUAUGUGGAAAUUCUUCGACUGGUUAAAGAAGCCGGUUCGAUCGUGAGAGAGAAGAUAUAUCAAUGCAAAGAUGCAAUGACAAAGUCAUGCGAUGUGGAUCUCGUUACUGAGUGGGAUCAAAAGGUCGAGAAACUUCUCAUGGAUGGCAUAUCUUCAAAGUUUCCAGAUCACAAAUUCAUUGGCGAGGAAUCUACGUCUUUGGGUAAAAAAGCAGAAUUAACGGACGCGCCAACAUGGAUCAUAGAUCCGAUUGACGGAACUAUGAAUUUCGUUCAUGGUUUACCGCACACAUGCAUAUCGGUUGGCUUGCAUAUAGGAAAGGUUGCGGAAAUCGGUGUUGUUUAUAAUCCUAUUUUAGAACAGUUAUUCACAGCUCGCAGAGGCAAAGGUGCUUUUUUGAAUGGUGCCCCGAUACGAGUUUCUGGCCAGAAAGAGUUACGCAAAGCCUUGAUCAUGGUAGAGAUGGGUACAAGUAGAGAUCCCAAGAAAAUGAAAGUCGUCUUUCAAAAUAUUAAUAUUCUGAUACCACAGAUCCACGGAAUGAGAGCGUUAGGAUCGGCGGCUUUGAAUAUGUGUAUGGUGGCACUUGGUGGUGCCGAUGUUUGCUUUGAAUAUGGAAUUCAUGCUUGGGACAUUGCGGCUGGUGAUCUUAUCGUCAGAGAAGCAGGAGGCGUUUGUAUAGAUCCAGCAGGAGGACCAUUUGAUGUUAUGAGCAGAAGAGUAUUAUGUGCAUCAUCCAUGGAAUUAGCUCAAGAAUUGUGUAAACAACUUGUACAGUAUUAUCCGGAACGAGAUUGAAAAUUCAUAUAACAUAGUGAUCAUUCUUUUCGUCCUUGUAUUUAUCGGUUGUACUUAUACCAAAGACUCCAAUCGUGUGUGUGUGUGUGUGUGCGUGUAUGUUUGUAUAGU